AGAUAUCUGUCAUUGUCUGUCACAUUUGGGUAAGGUAGAGGUGAUUAUAAUAAGCUGAAACAUAAUGGAGGUUUGGUCGUGGAUAUAAACGAGGUAAUCUCAGUACAGAAAGGGAGUCGGAGAAGACCAGACUAGAGCUGGUAAUCAUCACAGGGCAAGAGAGCUCAGUUGGGAUGCUGCAAUGGUAACAUUAUCUAAUAAAUCUCUCAUGUAUUUUGAGGAUCUGACGCUGCCCACAUUUCAGGUUAUUGUGAUGUCUGGAAGCAUGGGAUGUGCACGAUGUCAACAAAGAGUUACCCGAGUUAUGUCAAAGAUGACUGGAUUAAGAGAGUAUACAGUGGAUGUGAAAGAGAAACAAGUUAUUGUAAAAGGGAAUUGCAGAAAUCAACAGAAGGAGGAAGAUGAUUAUUUUAAAUGCGAAAUGAACAAAGAGCGUUGUUGUCCACUAAAAUUGCUCUUGGGAUCAUUUGUAGCAUCUUGCUUCAGGAAACAAAUUGCUGAUUAAUCAAAGCAAGUGAAAAUGAGAUAAAUCCCAUAAAGGCUGAGGAAUUGUUGAGGCCUGAGGGUGAGCAUCAGAACUGGAAAAAGGUUGACCCUUGACAGGAACGGGUUUAAAGUGGGUUGCUUGGAAAUGGGCCCCAAGGCUUUGCUUCAUGUUGUAAGCUAUGGGCUGAAAUAGUGCAUUUGCCUUUAACCCAGUACUGGACUGGGGGAAAAAGUCGUAGAUUUUCUUGCUCUCCAUAGGAAAAAUUAUAUAUUAUUUCUGUAGUUUCAUAUAGGAUAUAGCAUAUAUAAAAGGACAAACUCAUUAUAUUUAUAUAUGUAGGAGUGAAUAGGUCCCAACAUAUGAUAAACAAUCAUAAUUAUGGUGUUUAAGUAAAAUUAUUUUUUUUUAUAUAGACGAAAAAUUAUAGAGUA